GGCUGCUGAACACACCUGCCCCUGCCCCGCCCCGCGAGGCCGGCCGCGAUAUAAAGGGCUUCCCCGCCCUGUUCGGAUCGGCUCGCUGCUUUGACCCGGCCGGGAGGCUCCGCUCUGCUGCCCUCCGGUCGUCCUCCUCCGCCACCACCACCACCAUCACGGCAUCACCGUCCAAGUGCAGGGCUGCCGCGAUGGGGCACACCCCGGCCCCAAUGGAGCCAGCCGCCCACGCCGCCCCUGCACUGCACACCGUGGCAUGAUUGGGUCCCUGCCCUCCUUUUCCCCUGCACUCGACUCUGCUCCCACUCCCACCGUCACUCACUCACUCACUGUCACUCCCCGGCUGCUCGCCUCCUCUUCCGCCCUCCUCUCUCACUCUCUCCCGGGACGAGAGGAGAGGAGAGGAGAGGAGACGGCGUCGUUGAUCCCAGUCUGGCGGCUUGUCCUGGUGGGUGGCUCCGUCCGGCACGGCGGCGUGCCGCAUUAAAGGCGCGCCCGUCUCUUGUCUUGACCGGAGUUAAGACGGGUGGGGGAGCAGGCAGUGACGAGGGGCUCCGGGAUUCCGGACGAGGAGCAAAGAUCUCGCCGGGGAAGAUGAGGAGAUCUGCAUCUUUACUUCAAGUCCUUCUGGUUUUCACAACCAUGGUUAAGACUCAAUGGUCCACUGUAUCCGGCAUUUACUGCAAAGAAAUGUCGCCUAAUGUAUAUCGACCUCACAGUGUCACAAUAACUGAAUUUGGCGCUAUUGGGGAUGGUGUGACUCUCAAUACAAAAGCAUUCCGGAAUGCAAUCUUCUAUCUCAAUUCUUUUGCGGACAAGGGUGGUGCACAGCUCUUCGUGCCUGCAGGAAAAUGGCUGACAGGGAGUUUUGGUCUUAUCAGCCACCUCACUUUGUCACUGGACAAAGAUGCAGUGAUAAUUGGAUCACUGGAUUCAUCUGAUUGGCCAGUUGUUGAUCCUCUUCCAUCCUAUGGGCGAGGUAGAGAGCUUCCUGGAAAAAGGCACCAGAGUUUGAUUUUUGGAUCAUAUCUGACAGACGUAAUUAUAACUGGUGCUAAUGGUACCAUUGAUGGUCAAGGAGCUAUUUGGUGGGGCUGGUUCCACAACCACACGCUGAAUUAUACUAGGCCACAUCUUGUUGAGUUGAUGUACUCUACUAAUGUUGUCAUAUCUAAUCUAACCUUCAAGAACUCGCCGUUUUGGAAUAUCCACCCUGUAUACUGCAGCCAAGUGCUUGUCCAGCAUGUCACAAUCCUAGCGCCUUUGAAUUCACCAAACACUGACGGCAUUGAUCCAGACUCGUCGACAAAUGUCUGCAUCAAUCAUUGUUAUGUCAAAAAUGGUGAUGAUGUUAUUGCCAUUAAAAGCGGGUGGGAUGAGUAUGGCAUUUCAUUUGCCCAUCCAAGCUCCAAUAUCAGCAUAAGCAACAUCACAGGAGAGACAAGGGGUGGUGCAGGGAUUGCCUUCGGAAGUGAGAUGUCGGGUGGCAUAUCAGAAGUCCGAGCGGAAGGCCUCCGCGUCGUCAACUCCCUGCAAGGGAUCAGAAUCAAGACAGCUCCAGGGCGUGGAGGGUACGUGAAGAAUGUGUACAUAGCAGAUGUGAGCAUGGAUAACGUUUCAAUCGCCAUCAGGAUCAGUGGAAACUUUGGUGAACAUCCUGAUGAUAAAUAUGACAGGAAUGCUCUCCCCAUGAUAAGCAAUAUUACAAUCAAGGAUGUUGUUGGCGUCAACGUUGGUGUAGCUGGUAUACUGGAAGGCAUUCAUGGGGACAACUUCAGCAACAUUUGCCUGUCCAAUGUUUCCCUCAGUGUCCAAUCUGCACAUCCAUGGAAUUGUUCACUUAUUGAAGGGUAUUCAAACUCUGUGAUCCCAGAAUCAUGUGAACAGCUCAGAAGCAAUUGUAGACAGACAUCUGAUUGCUACGAUGGCAGCAGUUCUUCAGCAAUACAUGGGCAGGAACCAAGAGAUACGUUGAGCACCAGCCGGUUGCUAAAUCCUUUAAUGAAGUUCACUUUAUUUUAGUGUAGGUAGAGAUGUCCCUUGGUAUUGUUGCAAAGGGGCUUGCUUCAUGGGAUGAGUCCUAUUAGUCAUGUAUAUCUGAUUCUUGAAAUUAUUUGUGCUUAGAGUGCCGCUUGCUUCUUUGUAUAUAGCUGUCGAGAUGACUGUAUCUUGCCUGUUUGGUUCCCAUUUUCGAUAUGUGAAUGUGAUCUGCAGAACUUAUGGUUUUUAA